AUGGAGUCUACCACUUGUGAUCACGUCGCAAUUUCAGUAGUAGAUGUGAGGACUUUGAUUCUACUAUUACGUUCACCUGAACCUGGAAUAUGUGUGAACUCUGCCGAUGCUAUAACCAAAUACGCUGAAAAAUCACUUAAGCAACGCAUUCAAUUGUUGAAUUUGGGCAUCGUUUUGCCUUUAUUGGACUUGACUAAAUCCAAAGACGCGUCGACGAGGAGAUCAGCUGCUGCGUGUUUAGCUGCUUCGUUUGAAAAUGUGGACAUGCACCAAGAUAUGAGGAAGCACGAUCUAAUCGUCGCCUUGAUCUCUCUAUUGACGGGAGAAGCACCUGAAGUACAAGAGGAAGCUGCUUUUGCUUUGGCCAACCUAGCCAGAGAUUUCUCAAACAAGACCGAAAUCAGGACUGAAGGAGGCAUCAAGGCUUUGAUAAAACUACUUGACUCGCCGGAUCCUGAUUGUAGAAAGAAUGGAGCGCACGCCCUAUCAGCUGUGCUAGACGACUUCACCAACCGUCACGAAUUAAGAAGUGCUGGUGGUGUACAGCCUCUAUUAGAUUUGGUGAAUGCCGAAUAUUUGGAAAUUCAGGAGAAUGCUCUGCUUUGCCUGAUUAGAUGCACUGAAGACUUUGCUACACGUGUUGACAUCAGAAAGAUUGGUGGAAUAAAACGAUUCAUUGAAGCUUUGGGACACGAUUCACCAGGAUUACAUUACCUGACACUACUGUGCCUAUCAAACUGCCUAGAAGAUGGUGAAAUGGCACUUCAAUUCAUUGAAAACGGAGGCAUACAAGCCGUAGCAAAGUCAUUAACCACAGAAGACGCCAAAACGAAACGACAUGCUGCCAUUGUCGUUUCAAGGAUAGCUCGCAAUGAAAAGGCAAACGCUUUGAUGAAGGACGCUGGUAUACUACAAGCUCUGACUGCCAAUGUGACAUUGACAGAUCCACAAACUGUUGCUGGGGCUGCUCUAGCCAUCGCAACUUUGGCCAAGUCAGACCUGAAUCGUUCCGAAUUCCUUCGUUUGGGAGCUGUAGAGAAUCUCUUUGCUAAAUUGGCUCAUGAGGAUCGUGAAGUGAUUCGAAAUGCAGAGUGGGCUUUAGCAGGCUUAGCUCUAAAUGCAAAAGUACGAACCAAAGUACGAACAAUGGAUGUACCAACUCGGAUCAUUGCACUGUUGCAGCAGUACCACGAUGAUGCAGCUAUACUUGCUGGUGGCUGUGAAUUCAUUGCCAAUAUGGCUGAAGAUUCUGAUCUACGAGCCACAAUAAUCAAACAAGGAGCAGUGCCAAUCCUCGUCAACGUUUUGAGUUCCAGUGACGUGAAAGCUGUUGCAAGUGCAGCAUUAGCGUUGUCUCGUCUUGCUCUGGAUGCGGAAGGAAGAACUUCACUGGAUGAGAAUAAAGCUAUUCCGAAAUUGACGGAACUACUGUCGUCUCCUGACUUACAAGUGGUCAGAAAUGCUUCCUACGCAGUUGCAGCUGCCUGUCAAUUAGAUGUCAACGCUCACACAGCAUGUAAAUCAGGAGCUGUGAAUACUCUAGUGACACUCUCAAGAACAUCUAGCAAAAGUGCUGCAAGCUUUGCAACUGAUGCUCUAAGCAAAUUGCUUGAUUAUCAUCUUCCCGUCAAAUAUUGGCUUAGAAGCCGCCUAGACCUCACCGACACCAUUCAAAACGGCUUUUAUGAUAUCGGACCCGCAGCAGCAACCGAUUCCUGCUUCCCUUCAUUACAAGACUUGCAAGCAAUGCCAGUAAACCAAAAACGUGAAGUACUCGUAGUAGACUUCACGAAUGACACCGUUUUAAACACUCUCGUAAUGAAAAUCACAUCCGAUGGUUUCUACGAAUCAACUACGUCCCGAGCAGAUCAAAUCAAAAAGAUUGCCGAUACAGUUGUGGAAACAAUGGGAGGAACUGGUGAACAGCCCUUCCAAUUCAGGAUUGCUGAACUAAAACUAAACCUAGCGUCCAAUGUCAUUCCAUUGGGCAAAAUUGACAGAGGAGGUCUUUAUCAUCGAAGUUUGCUAUUCAAGGUGCUUGCUGAUAAAGUAGGAGUCAAAGCAAUGCUUGUCCGUGGUGAUUUCAACCGUUUCUGGAAUGUGGUUGAUCUGAAUGGAGUUACGACCAAACCCGUUGUUGUUGUGGCUGCUCCAGUUCUUGAAACUACCACUCAAGCAUCACGAAAACCUAGUAGUUCUCCUGUCUCCAACCAUGAGGCCCACAAAGAAGAACCUGUUAGUAUAAGCUUGACUCCCGAAAAGGAACAGCUAGUAUCAGUAGACGUUCUCACCAGUCCAGGCUCGAUCACUGCAUACAGUAGACCAAAUGUACAGUAA